AUGUCGAUUCUUGUUUACGGUAAACCGUGUUCCGACUCCAGUGCAAAAUGUCAGGAGAUUAGGUUGCCACUGGUUUCUAAUAAACUUAAUGCGCCACUUAUAGCAGAACUGGAUAUUACCUCUAUGAAUAAAGAGUUAAAAACGUACAUCAAGGAUGACAUCGAGUCAACUUUUUCUGAGAAUAUUCAUAAGAUGGUGAAAAAUGAGCAAGAUGAUUUAAAAGUUUCUAUGUUACAGGAUUACUCGUCAAAAAUUAAUACGACACAGACAGAAUAUGACAAACAAAUUUCACAUAUAGUUAAAAACCUUGAAGCAAAACAAGAGGAGUUACAGCUUGAAAUAUCUGAAUAUAACACAAAUUUAAGUGAAAGUGAAUCAAUCUUUAAUUCAAAAAUAACAGAAUUGCUAAGAGGGUUUAAAGAAGGACAAGAGCGCUUGAAACUAGCGAUGUUAUCCGAUUAUUUAUCCAAGUUGCAGAAAUUGCAAGAUGCUAACCGGGAAACGAUAAACGAUUUUACGACUGACCUAAAGUCCCAAUUUGCCAAUUUAUCACAAGAAUUCAAAAGGGACUUCAUGAAAAGUGCUGUAAACUUGCAAACUCACAUGAAGAAACAGGAAGAAUGGAAAACAAAUCUUAUGGAAAAAUUAAAUGAUACUUAUGCACCCCUUAUUAAAGACAAAGACUGCAGCCAUAUCAGAUGGAAUCCAACAAAACCAAGUGGAGUAUAUACUAUAUAUCCAGAUGAAUUCAAUGGGAUCCAGGCUUACUGUGAUAUGUCUACUGACGGAGGAGGAUGGACCGUAAUUCAAAGAAGAAUAGAUGGAACAACAAAUUUUGACAGAAUUUGGGUCGAAUAUAGGGAAGGCUUUGGUGAUCCGAAGAAGGAAUAUUGGCUAGGUAACAAAUAUCUGAACAUUCUUACGACUAAUGGUAAAUAUGAACUGAGAAUAGAUCUAACGGACACUAACAACAAGAUGACGUAUGCUGUAUACAAGACAUUUAGUGUUGGUGACGAGAAUUCCCAGUACAAGCUCACCAGUGAGGGAUAUAGUGGAACUGCAGGUGAUGCAAUGAAGAGGAACAACGGUAUGAAAUUCAGUACAAAGGAUCGUGAUAAUGAUACACACAGAAGUAGCUGUGCAUCCGUUUAUGGCGCAUGGUGGUAUUGGUCGUGUAGUUUUUCAGAACUUAACGCCAACAUGAAAAAAAGUAAACUAAGAUGGAAAACUCCUAAUAGAAUCAAGGCAACCAUGAUGAUAAGGAAGCUAAUGUAA